AUGAGUCCCUCGUCAUCACCACCUCCAGCCUACUCAGAGAUGCCUCCAGUACCACCAAGAAAACCAGUCAACUCUGCUGUUCCAGCUACAUAUCAAUCCCCACCUUCAUUACCAUCGUCUUCAGGGCCAUACAUGCCAAUGCCGUCUUCAACUUCGGCUUCAGGGCAGUGGCUCGGCCCAGAUCCACGAUCUUCGUCUACUCAGUCUCUGCUACCAGACACAUCUCUAGACAACCAUACCACGCCACAUGGAGAUUUUCUAGGGCGUCGAAAACUGCUCAUCAUUUAUAUCCAUGGUUUCCUGGGCAAUGACCAAUCGUUUCGAUCGUUUCCUGCUCAUGUUCACUCCCUCCUCGCCAACCUCCUUGCAGACUCUCAUGUCAUCCACUCAAAGAUAUAUCCGCGCUAUAAGACCUAUCGCUCUGUAGACGUUGCUCGUGAUAAUUUUAGCGAAUGGCUUCGCCCUCACGAAUCACCCACCACAGACGUCAUUCUUGUUGGCCACUCUAUGGGCGGUAUUUUGGCUGCUGAUGUUGUUCUCAUGCCCAACCCAGAUCCAUAUGGCACUCAUCCUUUGAAGCACCGAAUUAUCGGUCAUGUGUCUUUAGAUUGCCCAUUUAUCGGCCUUCAUCCAGGCAUCGUUGUGUCUGGCAUAUCCAGUCUAUUCAAACCAGCACCUACACCACCCCAAGAUGAUAAUCAAGAGACUGCUGUUCCUGGCAGCCCUGAGACUUCGAGUCUAGCCGACCCCAGCAUCUCUUCGCUAUAUCUCACGAACACUGAGAGCUCUGGUUUGGGAUCAUCGACCAGUCUUCCUUCAGUAGCAUCUUCAUCUCGGCUUCCACGCGAUCAAUUCCAGAACCAGCCCUUCUUCAAUCAACCGUUCUUCAACGAUUCAGGUCUGCAAGAACGACCUUUCGUCCAGAGGAUGUUUCAUUUCGCCAACAAGUAUCGUAAUGAGGGAUUGAUACAAGCUGCUGCUAGGCAUAUGUUCUCAUACCUCGAGUUUGGCAGUUGUCUUGCAGAUCCAGCAGGACUCGAGGCACGAUACCGCAACCUUCGCGCCCUUGAGGAUGUCGACGAGUUCCAAUCAGGAGACAUCAAGCCAGGGUCCUCCCAGCACAUGGCAAGAGUUCGCUUCGUCAACUACUACACUCUGUGUACUGGCCGCCCGAAAACACCUAAAGGAACUCCCAAGGUGGGAAGUCCUCGAACAGAAAACCCAACUUCUGCAGAUGCAAGUCUCAAUUUAUCACACGAUUCGGCGUCUUCAUCCUCUGUCGAGCUGGACUUUUCGCCAAACAGAGUGGACGCAGAGGACUCAAGCGACUUGUACGCGCGCCAAGAGAGCCCUAUGCCGAGCAUCACUUUAGAACACCGUGAUACAAUGGGUAACGCCAAAAAUCACCAAACACUACUAGAUGCAGAGACCAAAACUUUGAACCCCCGCGCAUCAAACACUACCAUCAAAGGCACUUCAAUUGCCGAAGAUGAGUCUGUUACUUCUGGCAUGAACCGACUUUCCAUACACAGCAUAGAUCCCACGCCCAUCGACGAAGACAUCGCCUCCCCACCACCUCAAGACACUGUUCCUGCCGGACCACACGACCAAGAUCCUAUUGCGUCUAUAGAAUCGAAUGAUGCAGAGCCACCGAAAAUAGAUGCUGACCUACCUCCUCUCCCGGACCCACCUGAAGCCCCUGAACUUCCCGACCCCAGUCAAUAUACGGAGAAAGAUGAGCGCAAGCAAGUGGAGCGCGAGGUUAAGCGUCUCCGACGUGCUUAUGAAAACGCCGUAAAAGACCACGCCAAAGCCAUACGAGAACGCGAGAAACUUGUCGAGAAGCGUCAAAAGCGUGCACAAAAGGAGUCAGAAAAGGCGCUCAAAGAAGCAGCUCGUCGAGAGAAAGAGUCACUAAAGGAAUCGCAGAAGAAAGAGAAGGACGCCGAAAAGGAACAACAGCGCCAAGCUUCUGAGCGGGAAAAGCAAGCUCAGACAGAACUUGACGACGAUGAAGAUUACCAGCAGUUCAAAGCAGAAGAAGAGGAAAGCCAACGGGAAGCAGAGGCUGAAGCAGUUACAGAAGCCCGCGGUCUCAAGUCAGAAAAGCCAAAAAAGCUGCGCAAGUUCUGCAACUUGCCUACAAAAGGAGGCAGGGUUGAAGACCCAACAUGGGUCGAUAUCUACAUGGCAGACGUGGACGAGGUUGGUGCUCACUGUGGUCUAUUCUUCUCGGGGCCGCAUUAUGAGAAGCUGGUUGGGGAUGUCGGUAAUCGGAUCGUGGGUUGGGUGCAAGAUGACUUGACCAAAAGAACAAUUCAGGAUAUGGGCAUGUGA